CUCUCUCUCUCUGUCCCCCCCCUCUCUCUCUCUCUGCUCUCUGUGUGCCUGGUUUAUUCCCAAUCCACCCACGGAUUAACCUCGAUCUGCCCGGAAUUUCUCACAAGAACCUGCUGCAAAGAUCCUAACGAAAUACGGAUUGAAACAACCCCCCCACCGCGUUUCCCUGAAGGGGUGGGGGAGAAGAGAGAGACCCAAAUCGCCUCGGAACUGGCGUGUGGGAAGGCAGAGAGGCGAGGAUGAGCUCCUCGGAUGGGCGCUGUGGGUGUGACAGGCUGGGGAGGUCUGCGGUGUGUUUGCUGGGGGUUUUGCUGGGGGUCGGGAGCCUGGCUCUCGCCUGUCCUUCUUCCUGCAAAUGCAUCAGCGGAAAAAUCACCUGCACAGAGCCCGGCAUCGUGGCUUUCCCUGUCCUCUCCUCUGCAGCCGAGAUGGAGAACAUCACUGAAAUCUACAUUGCAAACCAGCCCAACCUGUCAGGUAUCAAUGAGCGUGACAUGGAACCUUACACUGGACUGAGGAAUCUCACUUUGGUUAAUUGUGGACUCACGUUUAUUUCACGGCAAGGAUUCCUGUAUAACCCUCGGCUUCAGUACAUCAACCUCUCCAAUAAUCGCUUUUCAAGCUUGUCUUGGAAACCUUUCCGUCAUUUGGAGCUGACACACCUCAUCUUAACAAAGAACCCGCUCCUGUGCUCCUGUGACAUUGUGUGGAUCCAGUUAAUGCAGGAGAAAAACCUGGCAACCCUGGAGUCUCAAAACCUGACGUGCCGAGGGGAGAAUGACUGGAAGAUGUUACUGUCACACAUGAGGAUUCCGGACUGUGAGUUGCCUAAAGCUGCUGUGAACGCUUCCAACAUCACUUUGAAUGAAGGUGGGGAACUUGUGGUGGGGUGUACCAGCAACGGAUUACCAGCUCCAACCAUCUUCUGGAAAGAACACAACCUCAUGUCCGCCUACCAGACAACAGAACCUUCGAAACCACCAGUUAUAUUGAAACUCACCCAAGUGUCUGGAGAGGAUAAUGCCCAGCAGCUCAUCUGUAUUGCAGAGAACAUAGUGGGGGAAUCAAAGGCCUUUGUAAACCUAACUGUGCUCUUUCCUCCGAGGAUAACACUUUUAGGUCAGGCCAUCUCAGACCACCACUGGUGCAUUCCAUUCAGUGUGAUGGGAAAUCCUCCACCCACCAUUCAAUGGUACCACAACAAUCAUCUCCUGAACGAGACGGAUUUCAUACUGACACAGAUUCACGAAGAGAACUUCAGUGAGCUACACGGUUGCCUGCAGUUGGACAAUCCAACCCAUCUGAACAAUGGGAACUACACUCUGUACAUAAACAAUGACCUUGGACAGGAUGAGCGUACAAUAUCAGCUCACUUUAUGCUCCAUCCUCUAGGCAAUGAACCAGUGGACCCUGACUUUUAUGUAGAUUAUUACAGUGCUGAACCGUCUUCAGGUACUAGCGAAAUGCCUUCAGACAAUCCACCCGUCACUGAAAAAAAGGAAGAUAGCAUUGCUGUGUAUGUUGUCGUUGGGACCACAGCAUUGGUAUUCACUGGGUUGAUACUGGUACUAAUAAUCUUCAAGUUUGGAAAGCAUGCAAAGUUUGGAAUGAAAGGACCUUCCUCAGUUAUCAGCACUGAUGAUGACUCCGCCAGUCCUUUGCAUCACGUAACUAACGGCAGCAACACCCCGUCCUCGUCAGAAGGUGGUCCAGAUGCUGUUAUCAUCGGAAUGACCAAGAUUCCUGUCAUCGAGAACCCACAGUACUUCAGGAAUUCGAUCACCAUGCUCAAAUCUGACACUUUUGUCCAGCACAUUAAGCGGCACAACAUUGUACUCAAGAGGGAGCUGGGUGAAGGUGCCUUUGGUAAAGUGUUUUUGGCCGAAUGUUCCAACCUCAGCCCAGAAGAAGACAAGUCGUUGGUGGCAGUCAAGACUUUGAAAGAAGCCAGUGAGAAUGCACGCAAGGAUUUCCACCGUGAGGCAGAGCUGUUGACCAACCUGCAACAUGAGCACAUUGUGACCUUCUACGGUGUGUGCGUGGAAGGCGACCCUCUCAUUAUGGUGUUUGAGUACAUGAAGCACGGAGACCUCAACAAAUUUCUCAGGUCCCAUGGGCCUGACGCUGUGUUCCUCGGUGACAACCUUUGCAACAAAAUGGCAGAGCUGACUCAGUCUCAGAUGCUGCAUAUUGCCAUGCAGAUAGCAUCGGGCAUGGUGUAUCUGGCAUCUCAGCACUUUGUCCACCGUGACCUGGCUACUCGGAACUGCCUGGUGGGUGAAAACUUGCUGGUGAAGAUUGGAGACUUUGGCAUGUCCAGGGAUGUGUACAGCACUGAUUACUACAGGGUUGGUGGUCAUACAAUGCUUCCUAUUCGCUGGAUGCCCCCCGAGAGCAUUAUGUACAGGAGGUUCACUACAGAGAGUGAUGUCUGGAGUCUGGGCGUUGUGAUGUGGGAAAUCUUUACUUAUGGAAAGCAACCCUGGUAUCAGCUGUCUAAUAAUGAGGUUAUCGAGUGCAUCACUCAAGGUCGCGUUCUGCAACGGCCAAGGACCGGCCCAAAAGAGGUGUACGACCUGAUGAUCGGAUGCUGGCAGCGGGAACCCCACAUGAGGCUCAACAUUAAGGAAAUUCACAACCUGCUCCAGACACUGGCAAAGGCCUCUCCAGUCUAUCUCGAUAUCCUGGGUUAAGCCCUGGCCGACCUGGACAAUUCUAGGCCUGCGUCUGUGUGCGCGAGACUGUUGCUGCAUUUCUAAGAAGCUUGCUCUGAUCUCUUGACAGUAUUAACAGCGGUGAGAAGGAGAAGCUUUAAAGGGCAAACAACAUAAACUUCUCCAUCUGUAGACACAUUAUUGACUUUGAGUUCUAUCAUUCUCUCUCAAAUUGAUCUGGCUUCUGCUGAAUUGUAAGUCUGCCUAGACCAAGGUCUUAAUCUAACUGAUUGUUCCGUUGAAGACCUUCAAGGUUUCUCACUGCAUUUAGCCACAACUUCUAGUGAUUUGAUUUGGAUGAAAAUAAAGGGAAGAAAAGAUGAUCGAAUCAUACACAAUCAGCUGCAGCAGAAAGGAAAAGAAAACCGAUUGCUUCAACUAUACAUCUGCUACAGGCCAAGAAUGAAUAUUAACUGAAACUGGGAAAGGGGGUGGGGGGGGAGAAAUUAUAUAUAUGAAUU